GGCGGGGAUGUCCAGCUUAUAUGCACGCCUAUCUGCUUAUCUCUAUCCAUCCAGCACUCGAUUUUGCAGAUACAAUUUAUCAAACUCAAACAUAAAAAUGAUCUGAACCUCUCUCUCUCUCUCUGAAGAGGCAAACCCAUAUAGCAAUUAAACAAUGAAGAUCCAGUGUGAUGUUUGUGAUAAAGACGAGGCCUCUGUCUUCUGCUCCGCCGACGAGGCUGCCCUCUGCGAUGGAUGUGAUCGCCGUGUCCAUCACGCAAACAAGCUCGCCGGCAAACACCUGCGCUUCUCCCUCCUCCACCCUUCCUUCAAAGAGGCUCCUCGUUGCGACGUCUGCCAGGAGAGACGUGCCUUUCUGUUCUGUCAGGAGGACAGGGCGAUUCUCUGCAGAGAGUGCGACCAUCCUAUUCACACGGCCAACGACCACACCAAGAAACAUAACAGGUUUCUCCUCACCGGCGUAAAGCUUUCAUCCUCCUCUUCCUUGUACUCCGCCACCAACUCAUCCACCAAUGAAGCCUGUGAUUCCCUGAAUGGUAAAGUCAACGAGAACAAAAUCUCCAAGUUGUCCAAAAAGCAAAAACCCAUGCCUGUUCCUUUCGGAGAGAUUGUUCAUCCAAAACCACCGAUGGUCGAGAAACCACCAGCAGCAGCCACUAUUACGACAUCUAAAGCUGAUGAUCAUCCGGCAAGCGAAGGAUAUUCGACCAGUAGCAUAACGGAGUAUCUGAUGGAGACGUUACCAGGCUGGCAAGUCGAGGACUUUCUCGACUCCUAUUCUGCUCCCCAUGGUUUCUGUAAGGGUGAUGCUCUGUCUCCAUUUCUAGAUAUGGAUUUUCAAAGCAAUUUGAGCUUUUCUCCUCAAGAUACAACGAUCUGGGUACCCCAAGUACCACAAGCCUCGUAUCCUGUAAACUGCCUUCCCAACCAAAUCAGUUUCCUAAGUGGAUUUAAGGAGCUAAAGGAGGCAAGCAAUUUCAAGACUAGUAACAAACGAUGGAGAGAUGACAGUCUUACAGUCCCCCAAAUCAGCUCACCAUCAUGCGAGAGGUCUACACCUUUUUGGUAAAAGGGAAAAAAAAUCUAUUCCCAGAAAAGAAAAACUGACCAACCUUCCCCGUUUUGACGACAUCUUGAUUCCCCUGUAGCUUCAAAUUUCAUUCCUUUCUUCUUCUACUUCUUACUUCUCCCCCCAACCCCCUCUCAAAGACUAGAUCUUUAUCUUUCCUUGUGUAGUAUGUACUUUCGUCCAUCUUGGUUUGUUUCAUUUCCUCUUCACUUAUUUUGGAUUUGGAAUGGAUCUUUGUAAAUAUCACUUAGGAGUUUGGAGCAGUUUCUCUGUUUUUAUUCAUUUAUU